UUUAUUAUUAAUUGUAUUUCGAACCGGUAAAGAUCUUUCACGUAGAAAUGUGACUUACACUGAAGCGUAUACAAAUUUGAAAAAUGUGCAUUAGAUAAUUCACCCAAGUGGCUCAUAAUGAGUUCCUUAAAAAAAUACAACACGAAAUGAAUGUUACUAAAAGUGUCUACUGAACGGUUCCGGUUUGUCAUAAUUGUAGUGAAUGCUGUUGCCAAGCCGUGAUAACACUGAAGUAAAUUUCAGUCAUGAAACUGGAGUUGAUCAUUACUAUUCUCGCAACUAUACCUUCAUGUUAUAAUGUAAGCGGCAGAGCUGUUCGUAGAUCAUGCGGAAAGUAUCUAGCGGAUCGAAUUUCUGAUAUUUGCAAGGUACGAGGCGGUUAUUCACAAUUAAGUUCAUCACUCAAUCAGCAGUCUAGCAAUCAUCGUGCAAAGCGAGGAAUCGUGGAAGAAUGUUGCAAACGAAGUUGUACGGAUGAUACAUUGAUCCAGUACUGCAUGGAACACAGCAGUAUGGAAAACUCCGAGGAACCGGCGGUAAUCAACAACCAUAAUAAGGUCACAAGCCCACAACCAUACGGCGAAAAUCAUUUUCAAGUGCAAUUCACAACAAAAUUACCAGUCAACAUCAUUCCCAUCGAAGUUGGUACUGUACGUCCUGAGUUUAUAAAUAUAAAUGCAAAGUACAUGAACAACAAACGAAAGCAAUACUUUUAUUACUGGCCAUGGAAUGAUGUUAAUGUGAUAUAAAAAUCCUUUUGAUGAACUUAGUAAACUGACAACUAUCAAAUUGGCUGUGAUUGAAUUUAAGUGAAAUAAAAAACUCUAGUCAUUCAAGCUAUAAAAAA